CCCAUGGCUCCCAGAGAUCUUCGAUUCAGGUAUUGCCUACAGUGUUCCACCUUAUUCUGAAAGGCAACGGCCAGAGACCGGAUCAUCAGAUCCUCAAGUGCUUCUUGGAUGGAUGACUCGACAAUUUGGCCGAGGAGCAUCGGCCCUGGAUCCUAUCCCGAUGUUUCCAAGAUCCCCACACCACCGCUGCAGCGGACUGGACUCUUCGUCAUCUUCUUCUUCCCGGCCCUGUCGAUCGUGGUUUUCGCUCUCCGGAUUUACACUCGCCUCACGAUGCGUACUGUGGGAUUAGAUGAUUGGCUUUGCGGGGCAGGACUGUUCGCUUCUAUUCUAGUGUCUUCAACUUUGUUCAUGUUUUUCAAGCUCAACUACUACGGCUGGGAGGAAGACAAGGUUCCCGAAUACGACCCCAGUGCAGGUCUCUGGUGGAACUUCUUUGAGCAGUUGUGCUAUAAUCCCGUCCUGGCCUUCGUCAAGUGCUCUAUUUUGGUCUUUCUCCUGCGUCUCCAAGGACAUAACAACACCAUUUACCGGACGAUCUGGGGACUGAUCAUCGCCACUACCCUUCACGCCGUCGCCAUCUUUUUCGCUGCUCUGUUUCAGUGUGUACCGGUAGAAGCGAAUUGGCACCCGGAGCUGCGGAAAGACCCCGACACCAGGUGCAUCGACAACAGCUUCCACAUCAUCCAAUCGUCCCUGACUAUUUUGAUGGAUGUAAUGAUUCUUAUACUGCCAUUUUGGAUUUUCUUGGGCCUUCGGAUGCCUCGUGGAGCAAAGGUAGCGGUGCUGGGAAUAUUCGCCGUCGGCACUCUUGUCCCCGUCGUCGCCAUCAUAAGACUGGUCAACAUCUAUCAGCUGCUAUAUUUAGGCAAAAAGGCCAAGCAUCACAACAUUGCCUACGUUUGGACAGUCGUCGAAGUCAAUCUUGCCAUCGUAUCCUCUUCCGUACCCGCCCUCCGACCGCUCUUCAGUCGCUGGUAUCCUAAACUAUUUGGCAACAACUCGGGAAAAUCCAGUGAGCAACCUUAUGCCAGCAGUGGGCACGGCGCAUUCUCAAAUGCAACGUAUGGUGGUGGUACCAAAGCGUCACGCAAUCGCCCGACCAACUCGAUCAAUUAUAUGCUCAAUGACCUACACCCGUCACGAAAGCAAGCACACACUGAGAUUCGAGGCGUGUCACCAACGGGGUCUGAGGAGGAAAUCAUGACAUAUAAUGGUAUUGUACGCACAAGGAGCGUCGAUAUAAUGUAUGAAGACGCCAAGAAAAGCCAGACCGCCUCCAGUGUGUCAGACACAUUACCUGAACGUCUUCAAACAUAAUAAUACACCUAACCGUCGGAUCAAGUUUGGGUGGUGUACGGCCUAUAUUAAUAGUAUGUUUGACAUGGCGGCAAGGAGUGUGCAAGAAUAGGCACUGGGAUAAAUCUGUAGGUAACAGCGUG